CCAACGGGAUGACGUCACCCAACGGGAUGACAUCACUCAACGAGAUGACGUCACCCAACGGGAUGACGUCACCCAACGCCGUGACGUCACCCAACGGGAUGACGCCACCCAACACCAUGACGUCACCCAACGCCGUGACAUCACUCAACGCCAUGACGUCACCCAACGGGAUGACGUCACCCAACGCCGUGACGUCACCCAACGGGAUGACGUCACCCAACGGGAUGACGUCACCCAACACCAUGACGUCACCCAACGGGAUGACGUCACCCAACACCAUGAUAACGUCGCCCAACGCGAUGACGUCGCCCAACGGCGACGCGACGCCCAACGCGAUGACGUCACCCAACGGGACGACGUCACCGCCCAGGACGGCGUCACCCAAUGGGGCAAGGUGGGUGUCACCCAAUGGGUCAUUGUCACCCAGUGGUUGA